UAUCUAUCUAUCGAUGUCUGUACUGUAUAUGUGUAUAUUCUCACAUAGCACCAGAUACUUAAAAAUUGUAGAGAUUAUGCAAUAUCCAUGCUUUUCUCUAAGACAUUAGCGACGUUACUGGAGUGAACUGACUACGACGGAAAACGGAAAGACGAUUACAAGUUGUUAGCUUUACGUCCAGAAACAAAGUCAUUAACGGAGAAAAUAAGUUCUGUAAACUUUUGUUUUGUUUUCGAUAUUUAUAUCAUUUCUUCCCCUCGUAUCAUCUCAUCUUCUCUAAAAAAAAAAAAAAAACUUCGGAGAUGGUACAGAUAGAAUUCGGUUGCUGUUUCGAUUCCUAAUGACUAUAUGAUGGAUCGUGUUUAUAUAGAUAAAUAGUAACUUUCAGUCACACACUCCACCUACUCGUAAAUAGAUACCACGUAUAGAAAUUUAGGAAGAUUAAAAAUAAGUGUUUUCCAGAAAAAUCGAGAUGAAGCUGUUAAAAAGCAAACUGGGAAAAUGUAUCAUGAAGUAUUGAAACAGUAUGCCCUGCCUUUCGGGUCGAUGAAAUAAGUACGAGUUUAGCACUUGGGCCGAGGUAAUCGAUUAGCUCCCACCCCGCCAAAAUUUCAGGCAUUGUGACUAUAGCAGAAAGGAUUUCGGGAUUAAACAAGUUGAGAUAAAGUUCUAUUAUAAUGCCAUUAGCUGGGAUGUUUACAAAGCUGCGUGGUUCCGGGUUCUAUUCUACAGCAUGGCACCCUGGGGAAGUGUCAUGUGCAUUGUGUAUUAAUAUACACAACGAGUGUAAUACAUAAUACGUACAAUACAUACUUGUGUAUAAUUUAGUUGACAGAAACUGGGUAGAAGUCUAUUGUGUGUUUCGUCUAUGUACAGAGGUAAAAUAUCUAAAACCUCAAAAACAAUGACAUCUUUUCAUCAUUGAAAAUUACUAACAACGACGUUAUUGUUCAAAAUCUGAGUAGCUUUCCGGUUAUUCAAAUUAUUGUAUAGAAUAAUUUGCAUUAUUGAAAAUAGGAUGAACUGUGCAGUGCGGCUAGUCUUGAGUAUAAGAACAAAAUACAACCCGAAUAUCGGAAUAAAAAGAAAUUUGAAGAAUGUCGAAAUAGUUUCCUUGAUGUUUGGGCUAUAGGGGUGAUAUCUAAUUAAGUAUCUAAUUAAAAGAGUUAAUUGCUUUUUUUUUUGGCGUCAUUGUUUAAUGUGGAUCUUAAAACAUGAUACGGGAUCGCUUCUAAAUGAAUAUUUAUAAUUAGAAAUUAAAAUGAAUUACAUACAUCAUAUUUGGUUUACAUACAGUUUACGGUCGUAAAGUAGUGAAAAGUAAAUUGUUUUUAGAACAUUCUAUCCACAACAAAACAUUUCGAUAUGAAAGAAUUCUUGUCGAUAUGUAUAUUCACAAACCGGAUUUUGGAACCAGUUUCGAUUACCGCUCUUCUAGCUAAUUCAGUUUAAUUACGCCGCUGGUGCCGAUGAGGCAGAAUAGUUAAAUCCUGGCUACAUUACCCAAAAGUGUAAAUCAAGAAAAAUUUGGCUGUUAUUUUUAGCAGGUUCAUUGGUUUGUGAAACUCUUUCUGAUAAUUAGAUCCAAUUGAAACAGAGGCAGUGCAUUUCAAAAGAAAUAUGGUUUUCUUCACUGUAGCUUUCUGAGGCAACAUCUCUCCUGUGAAGAAUUUUAUUCAGAGUUCCUGCUGUCUUAGGCAGGUUGCCUUCUUCCCUGUUUCUCAGUGACUUGCAAACAUCACAUCAGCCCUCUAUGACGACACGUAAAUGGUGCGUAAUUCCAAUGGCAUUCACUGUGAACUUUGACCGGGAUGGUCAAAUGUCUCAGGCAAUAUCCAGUAAUGAUCUACACACUGUACAGCAACUGAUCAGCAGUGGAAUGAGUGUCAAUUCAGUCGUCCACAACCCAGACAAGCAAGAGAACACUACGAUUCUAGCAGGAGCUUGUUAUGCUGGUAAUCUGGAUAUCGUUGAUUAUCUUCUGAAGGCUGGUGCUUAUAUCAACCACAAGGAUCCUUGUUAUGGCCGCACACCACUUCAUUGGGCAUGUAUUGGUCGUCAGGAAAAUGUUACCUUAUACCUGAUAAAAAACAAAGCUGAUGUGAAUUGUGUUGACCGGGACAAUGUUACACCAAUUAUAACUGCUUCAAUGGUUGGCUGUCAGAAUAUUAUUACUAGUUUGCUCAAUAAUGGAGCAAAUCCUUGCGCAGUGGACAGGUUGCGAGCUUCAGCUAUUCAUUAUGCAACUUUCUAUGGACAUUCAGAAGUUAUUUCUACUCUCAUAAAGAGUGGCUGUAAUUCUAAUAACCAUGUUAUUUUUGGACAAGGAACACCAUUAGCUAAUUUGGUACAUAUUAAAGACCAAGAAAACUGCAAACUUCUCCUGGAAAGUGGUUACAAUUUAGAUAAUGAGGAAUGGCUCUCGGAUUUUCAGAGACAUCAAUCUAUGUCAAACAGUAUUGGUUCAAAUUCUACCAUUAAAACCAUUCUUACUUGGUUGCAAACACCACGAUCUCUAGAAUCUUAUUGUCGUAUUGUUAUACGGAAAUGUAUGCAAGGGGUUUAUUUACAGAAUAGAGUAAGCAACUUACCAGUUCCAUUAACCAUAAAAAACUAUCUGUUAUUCCUUUAAACAGUGACUUCAAAACUA